GCACAGCUCGCAGUUUGCUAGAACGCACAGCACAGGCGCGCCAGUCCAGUUCUGACAAGAGCAGGUUGCUGACAGUCACGUCUUUUUGUGUGGAUCUAAACAUAUUGUUGAAUAAGAAGAACUGACUUCUGUUUUUAUUCAGAAAUACACUUCUAAAUCGCGGUCCGGAAAUUAAAUGCGAGAGGAGAUUAGUCGCCUGGUUGCAUCCACGGGGAGGUUGAGGUUGACAUUUCUGAAGAGUGAAACAUAAGGUGUGUGAAAGGGCUGGGCUCGGGCUCCCUGACCUGGCUCACUGACAUGAAUCUUCUGCCCCACUAAGUGUGUCCUGAUCGAGGGAACCUGCUUUGUAAGCCUCCAUGAUGAUGCACAAGCAGCCAGCCAUUACGUCACCCGGAAGCGUUUGCUCUCUCCGGGGACCUCAUUUGCCAGGGUCACCAGCGGUUACCAUUGUGGCUAAGAUGGACGACCAGGUCAUUGGGUAUAAGGACCUGGCCGCCAUCCCUAAAGACAAGGCUAUACUGGACAUCGAGCGGCCGGACCUCAUGAUGUACGAGCCCCACUUCAGCUACACGCCUUCGGAGCUCUCAGAGUGCAGAGAGAGGUCCAUGUCGCCUCGUUCCAUCUCCCCACCACCAUCUCCUGAGACUCUGCCCAAAGACCCCAGGGACUGGCUGGAGCAGAGCACCUCCGGAGGCUCGUCCCCCGCCUCCACCACGCAGACCAGCAAGACCAGCAAGACCAGCAGGAGCUCCACCUCCUCCACCACCAAGACCGCCCAGCAGCAGCACUUUCACAGGCCAGAGAACGGCACCAAUAUAUACAAGAAGCCACCCAUUUAUAAGCAAGACCUAUCAGCUCAUGUCCCACAAAGCAAGCACAUUGAGGAUCUGAUCAUUGAGUCCUCCAAGUUCCCAGCAGCUCAGCCACCCGAUCCCAACCAGCCCUCCAAGAUAGAGACAGACUACUGGCCCUGCCCACCCUCACUGGCUGUUAUGGAGACAGAGUGGCAGAAGAAGAAGUCACAGCGGAAGGCCGAAGAGGGGAACGAGGAGGAUGAGGAGUAUGACGACGGGGAUCUGUCCGACGACUUGUGGAGUGUCAGGCUAAUGCAAAAACAGGAGCUCAAUAAGAUCCAGUCAAACUUGGGUAAGUUGAUCCUGAAGGAGGAGAUUGAGGGAGGUGCUCCUAUACGCCGGAAAACCCGCUCUCUGCCUGAUCGAACCCCAGUGCAACUAGGGUCCAAAUCCACCUCUUUCACAUCACACGACAGAACCGGCGGCCUGGCACGGCUGCAGUCUGCCGAGUUCUCCUCUUCCCCCAAUGCUGAUAAAAAUGGACAAGCUUUUCAGGUGUGUGUGCGUGUGUGUGGCGGCGGGCAGAAUGGAGACGCCUCCCGGGGGAGAAUGGACAGAGGGAACUCACUGCCCAGUAUGCUGGAACAGAAGAUUUGUCCCUAUGAAAUGCUCAUGGUGACCCAGAAGGGUAGAAGCAAGCUCCCACCCGGAGUGGACCGCACAAGACUGGAGAGACACCUGGCACCCGAGGAAUUCCUCAGACUCUUUGGAAUGCCCAUCGAGGAAUUUGAUCGGCUGUCCCUGUGGAAGCGGAACGAACUGAAGAAACGAGUGUGCCUCUUCUAGCACAGGGGUGGGGGAGGGACGGAAAACAUUCCCACCUUUUUUUUCCUCUCCUGAAAAUCGAGAGGAGCCAGAGCACUUCCUGUUCGGAAAAACCCAACAGAACAGAACAGAACAGAACUCACCCAAUCAGACACUGAAUGCCACGAGGAGCUGACCAAUCAUCACUCAGUUCAACUGGCACUGUCAAAGAAAAGAGUUCAGAAUCCCUUUACAAUCCUAAAUAAUAGACCACAACUAUCAGAUAAUAACAAAACAGUUUGACCUAUGCCUCAAUAUUCCGUCUCUCCUCUGUCUCUCUAUCUCUUCUCUAGUUGCACUCAAAGCUACAUGCUAGGAUCCUGUUGAGAUGACAAAGGCUUGAGCAUUGCAGGGGGGGGGAGGCAAGCUAGCAACAGGUGUGUGGGGUGAUAGAGAAGCAACGCUAAUAGCUAGUAGUCACUACUCAGGCUAGGUCUGGGCUGGACAGGCCUGAAACUGGUCUCGAGGACCCACACGGACACUCAGGCCCAGAACUAACCCAAUACAAGCCUCACUGUUCAAGAGCACUGCCACUAGGUUAAGCCACGACAGAAAAACACAAUGACGACUUGUUUGUGACUUGAUCAUUAGGCAGACCAGGCCGCUCCCACUGGGCUGUGGCGAUGCCACUGCAGACCAGUAGAGGUGUUCUGAGGUGUUAGAGGGAGGGAGGGAGGGGUGUCACCUGGGGUUCACCUCUUUGUUACGUUUGAUUUAUUUAACAUUUAACCACACAUGCGCACACACACACUGCUCUAAUGAACGCUCUUUCUCUCCUUCUCUCUCUCUCUCUCACACACACACACACACACACACACACGCACACAUACACUCUAAUGAACGCUCUUUCUCUCUCGCACACACACAUGCACAAACACUCCAUUUUCCCCAAAAUCUUUUGUAUAUUUUCACUGAUGCAAACACCCUUUUUUGAGCACAUAGUAACUGGUGCUGUAUUGAACUGGAGCGCUACUCUGCACGGGAGUCACUUGGCACAGUUACUGACUUGUAUGGUGGGCUACUCUUGAGACACAUACAAAAACAACAAUCUAAAGCCGCAUCUCUCUGAUUAACGUAUGCCUAUUGGCACUAUAACAGCAUCCUCCUCCCUCCCUCCCUCCCUAUUUUUCCAUUUCCUUUUUCUUCUUUUCAUCCCAUUUUGCUGCUAAUGCAUCAACAAGCACCUUGUACCAUGUGGUAACAUCCUGCCCUUGCUAUUGUUUAGAACAGCAGUAUUCCUGUUAUGUAGAAUAAGGAUAGUUUAGGAUACAAAGGGAUUUUUUUUUUCUCACAAAUUUACAGAUUUAUCUCCCUCUCCCUUUAGAUAUCUUCUCCCUGAUGGUUUGAUCUUGCAGCCCUGAUCACUGCCCUCCCUGUAUAUAACAUAGUUUAUAAAAAUCCUCCUCCCCUUCAAUGAAAUGCAGAUUGAUAUUUUUCCUCUAUGUUUUCUUGUCCUUUGAGUAUUUUAUCUACUUUAAUUCAGUUUUCUUUUGAAAUAUUACAGCUUGUGUUUCUCUGCCGUGACUAAAUGAUGUGCAGCUAUUGUUUUUACUUUCCAGAGAGACUCAAUCUUAUCUACCUAGGCUGUGGCAUGAAUUUCAAAGAAAUAGUGAAAUAAGUAACAAUGAAAAAAAAAACUCAAAAAGAACAACAUAUCUAGGUAUGAAUGUAGAUUAAUAUCCGUUUUUCAUGUAUACUGAAAGUAUCACUGCAAAAAACGAGAGGGCUAACUUUGCCUUAUGUAAAGAACAGAGCCCCUUAGACACGGACUGUAACCUACGGGCUUAGGUAAAUUAGUUCCACCCUAUGACACCUGAGCCAAUCCGGAACUCGACCUGUUAGACCCAGCAGCCAGCAGUGAAAUAUGGAACCCAAGAUUAGUUCUGAUUCAUGGCUUGGGCUUCAAGAUAAGACUCUGAUGUUUACCUGCAUUGGCUGAAACUGCCUGUUGCGGGUAAACUGGUGACAUGCAGUCUUUGGUAUUAUUUGCCCUCAACGGUGCCUUUCAGGCAGCGCUGCCUUCAAGGCACUACUCCCCUCAGUUUAGGGGUAGGAUGAGGGUUGAGGGGGUUAAGGUUAUGAAUAGGGUAAAGGUAGUGCCUUUUUUUUAACGUUAGGCUGUGCUGCCUGGAAGAUGCCGUUGGGGGCAAAAAACACCAUUGAGCGUGACAUGCAAGCCUGCCCCCCCCUGGCUUGGGACCAUAGCAAUCCGGUCCGAGUGGGUGUGAAUGGAAAUGAAAAAUGACCCUGAAGCCACAUACAUACAGUACACGCAGGAGCUUCGAAGAUGGAGCCAAUCAGUAGGGCAGACUUGCAUGUUCCUCCUUGGUCUCAGGCCCUCGAGAAUGAAUUUCAGGAGCUUCACCCUUCACAGAUUUCCAUCAAACCCUCACUGUCACAAGCGUGCGAUUCGUCUUGCCAUAGGCCUAUUUCAAUGCUCGCUCACAGUCACAUAACCACAGGUCGCUCACCAUAUUGUCCUCUGUGCCUGCCGUGUCAUUCCUCGCCCGAGAUGGCUUGGAGCUUCUUAGCUUCUUAGAGCUAUAUGGCAACUGUAGCGAGGGACAGCCACUGAGCCCAAUGGCGCCACAUUGGCCCAGGGUCAGAUGUGAUCGGAUGGUGAGCCCCACGUAGCCAUGAGAUCGAUUCAGCUCCUCUCCGGUGUAGAGGGGCUGUGUUUGUGCAUCAUGCUAUAUUCCACACUGUGUCACCUCGUUACUCCACGUGCUUUCAUGGGCACCCAACUUGUGCCAGGAGACAUACAGUAUCUGCUGCAUUCACACACAUGCAUACAAGCGUUCUGUCGCACAGGAUCAUUUGAAGUUGUUCUUUUUUUAUGUGAAGGUGUGUUGGUAAGAAUCGAAAUAAAGGAUGUUGAAUACAA